CUGGCGGUGCGGGGCUAUGCGGCGGCCCGCAGCGCCCAGCCCACCUGCCAGGGGGUUGGCCGGGCGGUGUGCGGGGCAGCAGCGGGGAAGCUCUGCGAGAUCUGCUUCCUCCUCAACCUCUUCAUGAUCUCCGUGGCCCUCCUCAGGGUGGUGGGCGACCAGCUGGAGAAACUGUGUGACUCCCUGUACUCCAAUGGGACGCUGAGCGGGGCCCCCCCUCAGCCCCCCUGGUACGUGGACCAGCGCUUCACGCUCUCAGUUCUUUGCAUCCUUGUCAUCUUCCCACUCUCCGUCCCCAGGGAGAUCGGCUUCCAGAAGUACUCCAGCAUCCUGGGCACGCUGGCUGCCUGCUACCUCACCCUGGUCAUCGUCCUGAAAUACCACCUGCAGGCAGAGAGCCUGGGCUCGCCCGAGCUCCCCCAGCCCUCCAGGGCCUCCUCCUGGGCCUCUGUCUUCAGCGUCAUCCCCACCAUCUGCUUUGGCUUCCAGUGCCACGAGGCCUGUGUGGCCAUCUACAGCAGCAUGCGCAACCAGAGCUUCUCCCACUGGAUCGCUGUCUCCGUGCUCUCCAUGCUUGUCUGCCUGCUCAUCUACUCCCUCACCGGUAUCUAUGGCUACUUGGCCUUGGGCUAGGCCUUUGCAUCCGAUGUCCUGAUGUCCUACCCAGGGAACGACCCGGUGGUCAUCGUUGCCCGCCUGCUCUUUGGUGUCUCCAUCGUCACCAUCUACCCCAUCGUGGUGCUGCUGGGCAGGUCGGUGGUGCGGGAUGUGUGGGUGUGCGGGCGGCGGAGCCGGGUGGCGCUGACGGUCGCCUGGAUGGCCGCCACGCUCGCCAUCGCCCUGUUCGUCCCGGACAUCGGCAAGGUCAUCGAGCUCAUUGGGGGCAUCAGUGCCUUCUUCAUCUUCAUUUUUCCAG